CUGUGCACAAUAGCCGUUCUCAGUCACCAUGUUCCGCUCAUGACACUGGAUGUUUCUUGUUGUCAGGAUGGCUCUCAGAGUCUUCUGUGAACUGCUACUGCCAAAGGAGAAAUGAACUCACUCUGACCUUACACAGCAGAGCUCAACAGAGGGAUUCCUUCUACCACCUUGGGAAGAAUGUUCCAUUGUGGCAUCACAGUUACCAUGGUAUCACCAAGCAAAUGUCUAGACAUGGAGACCUAGGAGGAGCCAGGAUGAAAAGCCUGACUGUUUCCUAAACUUGGCAAGGCUAUUCUGGAAGCCUGGCUUUCCCCAAGUCUGGCCGAGAAGACAUCCUUUUUGCUAGAUCACAAAGCCUUGUCCCAUUGCAGCCGUGGUCUGUCUACUUCCUCAGCACCCGCCCUGUGUCUACACAACUUUGUCAGACUGGAUGGAGGAAGCCCACGACUAAACUGAGUCUGGUUUUUCCAAUCCCUAUAAGCAUUCUUACAUUCUCAGUGUGGUUUCCUGGAGCCCAGUUUUCCCUAGCCCUUUGGCUUGACGGUCCCAGCGAAGCCACCAGACUGUCGGCUCUGCCAAACCAUAGGGUCAGAUGGGAUCUGCACUCCAGCCACUGUUAGCAGCUUUGGUUUCAGCACAAAUGGCAGGACUCAAGAGAGCUGUUGACAACAUUGUGAUGAGGGAGGGAAGACAAUCCUCCAGCCUCUUCAAGUCCUGGGAGCCUUCUCACUUCAGCAGCAUUAAAACCACGCAGACACGGACAGAAUGAGCGAUUGCCUCGCUGGCUGCCACCCAGCCUCUUUGCUCGCCCCUCGGGACCGCCCAGCGCAACCAGUGGACGAGGGACAAAUCAUCGCCCCCACAGGCUGUCUGACCCUGAAGGCUCCCCUCUGUGCCAAACCCUGGAAUGGGCCCUGGGGAAACCAAGUCAGAAAGAAGGCCUGGUGCCUCCCUCAGAAAUCUCGAAGUCUGGCAACCAGGUGCGAGACGUGCUCUGGAAGAAGCCAUGGGCUUUCAGGGGAAGGAGCCUGUCACCUAGGUCACCUAGCCUGGCAGAGCAGGAGGAGGGAGCAUCCUUGAAGACAGCUUUCCAAAGGAGGGGGAUACCUGACUGGAGACAUGGUGAUGGACCAGAAUCUCAUGGACGGGGUGUGAACCCAGGAGACUGAGAAGGGUACUUGUUUUUGUGUUGGAGAUCAAAGUGCAGCAAACUGAACAUUUCAAAUAUGAUAAAGGAAAGGACUCUCCUGCAACUACCUCUCCAUAGAUGCCUAACUAAAGGUUCAAGACUGGUGUCUCCACAGAGCUGCAGACCUGUCUAGUGGCUCCUGGACUCCGUGGAAAUCUCGAGCGCGGUUCCUAAUGCGCCCCGCCCCUGAUCACGUGGGACCAAGUCCGCAGACUGUCUAUUGCUUCUGCCUGGGCCGACCUCCUGGAUCGACUGCUCCAGUCUGGCGCGUCCCCGGCGCGGGAAAAAUUUCAAUUCCGGCUAGCAGUCGCAGCGACCUCCUUACCCUUCACAACCCGGGCCUGCCUCCGCUUUCUCCUGCUUUUACAUCCCGGACUCCUAGCCUCACACGAGUGGAAGCGGAGAAGUUGAAGCCGCCGCCGCCAUGUCCGAGGCUUAUUUCCGGGUGGAGUCGGGUGCACUCGGGCCUGAGGAGAACUUUCUGUCGCUGGACGACAUCCUGAUGUCCCACGAGAAGCUGCCGGUUCGCACAGAGACCCCCAUGCCUCGCCUCGGGGCUUUCUUCCUGGAGCGGAGCGGAGGUGCCGAGACUGACCACACGAUUCCUCAGGGCUCAAAGCUCGAACUCCCCCUGUGGCUGGCAAAGGGACUUUUUGACCACAAGCGGCGGAUCCUUUCUGUGGAUCUUCCCAAGAUCUACCAGCAAGGUUGGAGGACCGUGUUCAGCGCCGAUGCCAACGUGGUGGACCUCCACAAACUGGGGCCGCAUUUCUAUGGGUUUGGCUCCCAACUCCUGCAUUUUGACAGUCCAGAGAAUGCAGACAUCUCCCAGUCUCUCCUGCAGACAUUCAUUGGACGUUUCCGCCGCAUUAUGGACUCCUCCCAGAACACUUACAAUGAAGACACUUCGGCAUUGGUAGCCAGGCUGGAUGAGAUGGAGAGGGGCUUAUUUCAAACAGGGCAGAAAGGACUGAAUGACUUUCAGUGUUGGGAGAAGGGGCAGGCUUCUCAGAUCACAGCUUCCAACCUCGUUCAGAACUAUAAGAAGAGAAAAUUCACGGAUAUGGAAGACUGAAGGUCAGAAGAACACAGAAUUGCUCCUUGUGGAGUUACUGCUCUGUGUGUCCUUGAUAGAUCCUCAUUGACCUUGUAAAGGGCCAUGUCAUGGCUUAUUUCCCACAACAGUGUCGGGAGCAGUGCCAUCUGUUUGGGAAAGGACGUGGUGCAGAAGUCCCUGGCCUGUAUGGCUUAUAAGACUCUCCCACCCUGCUGACCCAUAGCCGGGGAGAAACCAAAGUCUUUUGUAAAAUACAGUUACCACAUGCAUCAUAAUACAAUUGGAACUGGGAUCCCUUAUAUCCGGGAGUGUGACACCCUCCGAUGUCCACUUUCGCUGCUCCAAAGGACAGGUACAAAUGGGCCAUCUGCCCACAAAUGUUCUCUUGAACUUAACUGCUGCAUCUUCCUUAUGGCUGCUCCGAGGACAGCACCUCCAGGAUGCUGGCCUUACUUGUGAAUGUCUCCUGCGUCUUGCCUGCGAGGGGUCACCCCAAUUUCCAGAAACAGUUGCCAAGAAUAAAGAAGGAAAAUGAUAAGA